CGCCUCGCCUCGCCGCUCGCGCCAGGUUACGCGUCGCGCGUCGCGCGUGUGGUGCAGUGUAGUGAACCGCCCAGUCGCUCCGUCCGGCGGGUUGGGCGUUCGCGAGUGUUCUUGCGUGCGUGUGACAGUGACAGUGUGUGUUUCUGUUUGUGUGCGUGUCAGUGCGGAGAGUGCAACAUUUUGGAUAUCCGGCUCCCAGGUCGUCCGGGUCGCGGCGCCGUGCCCCGGCGUCGUCGGCGCGGCUUAGCAUGACGGAGGUGUGACUUGCCUCGCCUCCCCGCCAUGCGGCAGGCCGGGGCAGGGCAGGGCAUGCAGCCCCGUGGCCAAGCUGAGGCCCAUGGCCAGUGACAGUGGCACCAGUGACACAGUGAUGUGCGGCCUCGGCCCUGACGACCGCGACCCCUGCCCUCCGGAUCCACCCAUGUUGGCCAGAGUCAAGUACUUGGGCUCGUUCCCCGUGACGGGCCAGGACCACGCCAGCAGGGCCGACAACGUGCGGCUACGCCUCCAGGAACUGCGGGCAAACUCGAGCGCCAAGUCCGUGCUGCUAGUCAUUUCGGUGGCCGGCAUCAAAGUAUGCAGCCCGGACGGGCAGGGGGUCUUGAUGGCGCACGCGCUGCGCCGGAUAUCCUACGCCACGUGUGAGCCGCUGCACGCACAGUUCAGCUUCCUGGCCAGGGAGCCGCGCGGGCAGCUCAGCCUGCAGUACUGCCACUCGUUUCUCGCCGGGUCUCCUCAGCAGGCUGAGGAGCUCAACUCGAUCGUGGGCAAUGCGUUCCGCAUGGCGUACGCCGCCCAGCUGCAGCGGCAGGACGCCACUCUGAGCCACGGCAAGUCCAACAUCAACAACAACAACAUCUUCGUCAACAAUAACAACAACAAUAACAACAACAACAAUGAGCUGCGCCAUACUUGGGCGCAGCACCUGAUCAGCUCCCGGUCGGCACCGCCCCCGGCGCCGCCACCCCUGCCGCCCGCGGCCCCCGCGGCCCCCGCAGCCCCCUCGGCCAUGAGCCGCCCCGCCACGACGGCGUCCUCGAGCACGCUGCCGACGUCGCGGCUCGCCAGCACCAUCCUCAACCCGUGCAGCCCCGAGAGCGACGACAGCAACUCGCCCACGGAGCUCAACUCGUACCGCAGGCUCGGCGACAAGCCUCCGCUCAUCAAGCGCCUCGCCAUGGGGUUUACGGGCCGCGAGACGGUGGACGAGGACGCCUCGGACGUGGCGCCGCUGGUGGCGGCCGUGGUGGAGAGCCCCACCAACAACAACAUGGUGGAGGACUCCCCCGUGACGUCGCACGCGCCGCCACUGCAUGGCGUGCACGGCGUGCAGGGUUCGCUGGCCGGGCCGCUCGCCGCGCUGCACGCCCACCUCCAGAGCCGGGCCACGGCCACGGCCACCGCCAUGGCGACCAUGGCGGCCAUGGCCCACGCCGACCACCCCAAGCACAUCGACGUCCGGUUGACGCAGUGUGCGCACGCUGGCUCCAUGGAUCUAGCCGACCUGAAGAACAAGCGGAUUUCUCAAAUCAGCUCGUGCUCGUCUGGAGUGUCGUCCAGUAGCCCCGGCACGCUGAGCGCCGCCCCCGCCGCUGCCCCCGCCCCCGCGGCGCGCUGCGGAGCCGCCCCCACGCCGCCCCCGCUGCCGGAGCGGACGGACAGCCUCGUGAUGAGGCCAGAGGACGGCGACCUGAAGAGCGCUCCCUGGUUCCAGGCUGGCAUCCCUCGAGAAAUCGCUCUUGAAGUGCUUGGACGAGAACCAGUGGGAGCAUUCAUGGUUCGUGAAAGCACAACAAAGUUGGGCUGCUUUGCUUUGUCCUUGCGAGUUCCUAGAGAUUUUCAGCCCUCUGGAAUCGCACAUUAUCUUAUUUUGAGAACAAAUAAAGGCUACAAAAUCAAGGGUUUUACUAAAGAGUUCUCCACAUUGUUGGCCCUAAUCACGCACCAUUCAGUGAUGCCCGAACUCCUUCCAGUUCCUCUAGCUCUAAGCCGGAAACAUGUCAACUCAAGCAGGACAGAUUCUAGUCGAGAUUUUGCUGAUGUUGAUAAUGAUCCUGAUUACAACACCCUAGCUGAUUUCAGGAAAAUUAUGGCAGAUCUUAAUGUUUAAGGGUUUUUUUUUUUUUUUUUUUAAGAAAAAUAUCUAUAUUCAUGUUUGUUUGAAGAGCAGAACUGAUGAAGUGACCCUGUAUGUGAAAGACUCUUACAUGACACAAUACUUUCAUCUGAAAGAUUAGUGUGAAAAGUGCCAAAGUCUGAUAUUAUAGUCUUAAAGAUGCUUGGGUAUUGUUGCCUGUUUAGAAUGCUAGUCCAUGUAAAGUGUCUUUUAUUUUUAUUGUAAGAAAAAUGAACUAUCAAUCCUAAAUAGAAUGCCAGUUGGGAAGGGAAUCUUCAUCCUUCAUAUCAAAAAUAUUAAAACUUUACUAGUCCUGAUUUAAAAAACAAAAAUAACUCUGUGUCAAAGUUUUUAAUUUUGCAUUGUUACAUUCUGAAACGCAUGUAUGCCUAUUGGUUGCAAGGAUUUUGAACAAUGUUGACAGAUUCUGAUUCUGGCUGUGUGAUUUUAAUAAUUUAAGGCUUAAAUACCAUCAUCUUUGAUGGAACUGAUACUGCUUCUCACAAUUUGAAUGUGAGUAACAGUAGGAACUGAAUUGAUUUGAAAACAUUUAAAAGUGGAAAUCAUUUACCAGUCAGAAUAAGAGUCAAAAUUGGUCUGAAUCCUUAACUUAAUACAACCACCGUAGGUAAGCUUUAUUGUAAACCAAGUGUGGUUGCUUUAUCUCUCUUUGUGUGUGGUAAUGAUUGAUUCUUACAAAGUGUUCUUUGCAUCUGUUAACAAUGAUUGAGAAAUCUAAUGCUUUCAUUAUGGACCAUGAAAUGUGUGACAUCUCUGAUGCCAUGAAAGCUGUAAGGGACAAAUUAUUAAACUGUGAUAAUUAGUUGAUGUUGAAGUUACAUGUACAUUUUUAAUUUCUUGUUGAUUAAGAUAGAUUUAGGAAAUUUGCAUGCAUGCUGCAGCUGCAGUCCUUUCCACUGCAACCCAAUGAAAUCUGUAAAAUUGUUAUUGAUGCCAAAUUCUGCUUCACUUAAUUUGUUUAAAUCCUAGUCCUCCUUCCUCUUUGCUUCCAUGCAUUUAAAAAAAUGUUUUCUUCUUAGUUUGUUGUUAAACAACACUCUCAUCAUAUCACCUCAUUAUGGCCUUUGUUGCAAUGCUUAAUCUCUUGAAAAUUAUGAUCACAAAAUAUGAAUUUAUGUUAGAGUUUUCACUUUUGUUCUGCUUGUAAAUUAAACAUUGACAGAAUCUUGUGAGUGCAUCUAGUGAUGAAGAUGUGAACAGUCAAUCAGGUUCAAUUGACUGAUGGGGAUUGAAAAGAAUGAAUUCUUAUGUAAUAUUAACAAUAGAAAUUUUAUUAGAAUUUUCUAAAGCUGUACCAAAUUAUGGUGAUUGUGCUGCAGUUAAAAGUGCGUUGAGAAACUAUUAACUUCAUGGUUGCUUUUGUGUGAUGCUAGUCAAAUAGGUUUGAGUUCCAUCUAAUUUCCAAGCACUGUUGUUUCAGCAGGAAAUUCAGAGCUAAAUGUACCUACCUAAAAAGUUGCUGCCCUUGAAAAUAUUUAGGCAGUCUACACUCAAACUAAAUUAUCAGUCAAAAUAAAUGAAAUGCAUUAUUAUGAUA